GAUAUGUUUGGUGCUGGAACCGAUACAUCUUACAUAGUCUUAGAAUGGGCCAUGGCAGAGCUUGUUCGAAACUUGCAGGCGAUGAAGAAGUUGCAAGAUGAGGUUCGAGGCAUAGCUACAGAAAAAGGCUUGGUCAGAGAGGAGGAUUUAAGUGAGCUGAGGUAUUUAAAAGCUGUGAUAAAGGAAGUUCUAAGAUUACACCCUCCUGUUCCAUUAUUGCUUCCAAGAGAAUCCAUGGAUGAUUGUCGCAUAGAGGGCUAUGAAAUUCCUAGAAGAACAAGAGUAAUUGUGAACAGUUGGGCCAUUGGUAGAGAUCCAAAAGUUUGGGAGGCACCAGAAGAAUUCCGACCUGAGAGAUUCAUGGGUAAUCAAAUUGAUUUCAAGGGGAAUGACUUCCAAUUCAUUCCAUUUGGAUCUGGCCGACGAAUUUGCCCUGGUAUGAACUUUGCGAUUUCUACGGUGGAGCUUGCACUAGCAAAUUUGAUACAAUGUUUUGACUGGGAGUUGCCUCAUGGCAUGGCAAAGGAGGAUCUAGAUAUGAUUGAAGCUCCUGGCACCACAAACCCAAUGAAAAAAAGGCUUCACCUGGUUGCAAAACCACGUGGCUACUACGUGGACCUAUGAGUGAUGACCAGUUCCACUAAGAAUAAGUAUUAGUUCUUGUAAUAAUAACUAAUAAUGACGACUUAGUUUUCACAAUACAAGCUUAUGGAACUAGAUUUUGUGUUUUGUGUUGGAAAUUGUAUCCUAAAAUCAAUCGCCUGACGAUUGAGUUUAUAUUUGUAUAUCAAUUAUUUAUUAAUAAAUAAUAAUUAUUCUGA